AUGGUGCUGUUGGCAGCAGCAGUCUGCACCAAAGCGGGAAAGGCCAUUGUUUCCCGGCAGUUUGUGGAGAUGACUCGGACUCGCAUUGAGGGCUUGUUAGCAGCUUUUCCAAAGCUCAUGAACACUGGCAAACAACAUACAUUUGUUGAAACAGAGAGUGUGAGAUAUGUCUACCAGCCUAUGGAGAAGCUGUACAUGGUACUGAUCACUACCAAAAACAGUAACAUCUUAGAGGACCUGGAAACCCUCAGGCUCUUCUCAAGAGUGAUCCCUGAAUAUUGCCGAGCCUUAGAGGAGAAUGAAAUAUCUGAUCACUGUUUUGAUUUGAUAUUUGCUUUUGACGAAAUUGUUGCGCUGGGAUACCGGGAGAAUGUUAACCUGGCACAGAUCAGAACCUUCACAGAAAUGGAUUCUCAUGAGGAGAAGGUGUUCAGAGCAGUCAGAGAGACUCAGGAGCGUGAGGCCAAGGCUGAGAUGCGGCGCAAAGCCAAGGAAUUGCAACAGGCCCGAAGAGAUGCAGAGAGACUGGGCAAGAAAGCACCAGGAUUUGGGGGAUUUGGAAGUUCCACAGUCUCUGGAGGCAGCACAGCCACCAUGAUCACAGAGACUAUCAUUGAGACUGAUAAACCAAAAGUGGCCCCUGCGCCAGCCAGGCCUUCAGGCCCCAGCAAGGCUUUGAAACUUGGAGCCAAAGGAAAGGAAGUAGAUAACUUUGUGGACAAAUUGAAAUCUGAAGGUGAAACCAUCAUGUCCUCCAGUAUGGGCAAGCGCACCUCUGAAUCCACCAAGGUGUAUGUCCCACCCAUUAACAUGGAAAGCGUGCACAUGAAGAUUGAGGAAAAAAUCACACUAACCUGUGGCCGGGAUGGAGGAUUACAGAAUAUGGAGUUGCAUGGCAUGAUCAUGCUUAGGAUCUCAGAUGAUAAAUUUGGCCGAAUUCGUCUUCAUGUGGAAAAUGAAGAUAAGAAAGGGGUGCAGCUACAGACCCAUCCAAAUGUAGAUAAAAAACUUUUCACUUCAGAAUCUCUAAUUGGCUUGAAAAAUCCAGAGAAGUCAUUUCCAGUCAACAGUGACGUAGGGGUGCUAAAGUGGAGACUACAAACCACAGAGGAGUCCUUUAUUCCACUGACAAUUAAUUGCUGGCCCUCAGAGAGUGGAAAUGGCUGUGAUGUCAACAUAGAAUAUGAGCUACAAGAAGAUAAUUUAGAAUUGAAUGAUGUGGUUAUUACCAUCCCACUCCCAUCUGGUGUUGGCGCACCGGUUAUUGGUGAGCUCGAUGGCGAGUAUCGGCAUGACAGUCGACGGAAUACCUUGGAGUGGUGCCUGCCAGUGAUUGAUGCCAAAAAUAAGAGUGGCAGCCUCGAGUUCAGCAUUGCUGGGCAGCCCAAUGACUUCUUUCCUGUCCAAGUCUCCUUCAUCUCCAAAAAAAAUUACUGUAACAUACAGGUAACCAAAGUGACCCAGGUAGAUGGGAACAGCCCAGUAAGGUUUUCCACAGAGACCACUUUCCUGGUGGAUAAGUAUGAAAUCCUGUAA